AGGAGCAGUGUGCGAUUGCUUUGUUUACUAAUUGGCGAAUGUUGACGGUAGUAGAAGUAUUGCUCUCACUAUGUUUAUUCAGAUUUUUUAUUAUUUAAUAUGAAUAUCUUAUAGAGGUAAUUAGCUUUUUAAAAUGUGGUAGUCUGUAAUUUUUCAAUACAGAAGUAUUUUUUAAAUUAAAAAUAUUAUAGGAGUUUUUAUAAUUUUUUAUUUUGUUGAUUACAGACAUUCACCAGAUAGUUUGAUCAGCAACAAGUGAAAAAUGGAAAAAGAAACUGCAGACUUUUCACUUGAUGUUAAAAAUAAACUCCCUCAAGCGAAGACAUUUGCAGAAUCUUUAUUAUAUGAUGGAGACUCCUAUGGAAAUGAUGAAUCCAAUUUUGAGGAAGUUGAUGUUCAUAUUCAAGAAAAUUUGGAGGAUGAUUUUAUUAAAGAAGCUCUUAAAUCUGGCAUGGAUUUGAGGCAAUAUUCUAGACAAAUAGAAAAAGAGUUAAAAGAGGUCGAAAAUGCUUCCAUUCAAGAUUAUAUACAAGAAAGUCAAAAUAUUGCAAGUCUUCACAAUCAAAUAACGGCAUGUGAUGAAAUUUUAGAAAGAAUGGAACAGAUGUUGAAAUUAUUCCAGUCAGACCUUGGAAGCAUAAGCAAUGAAAUAUUAACACUUCAGCAGCAGUCUGUGUCUAUGAAUAUACGUCUGAAAAAUCGGCAGGCUAUUAGAGGGGAAUUAAGUCAGUUUGUUGAUGAUAUGAUUGUUCAAGAAAGUUUAAUUCAGCAUAUCUUAGAAUGUGCAGUUACAGAUAAGGAAUUUUUAGAAGACCUUCAAAUUCUGGAUCAUAAAAUAGCAUUUGUCAAAGAGCAGUCUUUCAAAGAUGCUAAGUGCUGCCAAGAUGUGAAAGAUGUUCUUGAAAAGUUAAAAACAAAGGCUAUAUCUAAAAUACGAGAAUAUUUGCUCCAGAAAAUUUACACCUUUCGAAAACCCAUGACUAAUUAUCAAGUUCCACAAAAUGCAUUGCUCAAAUACAAAUUCUUCUAUCAGUUUCUAAUGACUCAUGAGAGGGAUAUUGCUCGAGAAGUGAGGGAAGAAUACCUCGACACCAUGAGUAAGAUUUUGUUCUCAUAUUUCAAGAUGUACACAAGUCGGUUGAUGAAAUUACAGUUUGAAGAAGUUGCCGAUAGAGAUGAUUUGAUGGGAGUGGAAGACACAGCUAAAAGAAAUAUCCUUUCCAGAAAAGUCCUUGUGUUUUUCUAUGCUUACAAAAAUCGUUCUACUGUAUUUACGGUUGGAAACAGAGGAAAUGUUUUGACAACUGAACUAGAAAGCCAAAUCAUUGUCCCACAUUCAGCUCAGAAAAAUGAAACAAAAUAUACAUUUGAAAGUUUGUUCAGAAGUCAACAAUAUGCCUUAGUAGAUAAUGCCUGCAGAGAAUACUUAUUCAUCACAGAAUUCUUUAUGGUUUCUGGACGAAGUGCUUUAGAAUUAUUCAGUUCAGUGAUGGGGAAAACUUUGUCAAUGUUUUUGAAAAAUACUGAUCAGUAUGUUCAGGACUGUUACGAUUCAAUAGCCUUAUUUUUGUGUAUACACAUAAUUCAUCGAUAUCAAGUAUUAAUGCAUAAAAGAGAUGUUCCUGCUCUAGAUAAAUAUUGGGAAACACUUUUGCAAAUAUUUUGGCCUCGAUUUGAGUAUAUAUUGCAGUUGAACAUUGAGAGUAUUCGAGAUUGUGAUCCACAGAAGUUCACUAAUAUUGAUAAGAGACCCCAUUAUAUUACUAGGCGAUAUGCAGAAUUUUCUGCUGCAAUUGUUGGAAUAAAUGAAAAUUUUCCGAGUGAACGUGUUGCUCGGCUGUUAGCUGCAUUGCAAGUUGAAGUAGAGAAUUUUAUUUUACGUAUGGCAGCAGAAUUCCCAGAUCAUAAAGAUCAACUUAUCUUUCAAAUUAACAACUAUGAUAUGAUGCUGAAUGUUCUGCUUGAAAGAACAAAGGAAGAUUCAAGAGAAUCUGAAAGCUUCAAGGAUCUUCUGAAUGCCAGAAUUUUGGAAUAUGUUGAAGAAAUUCUUUCACCCUAUUUUGGUGGAAUGAUGACUUUUGUUAAAGACUGUGAAAAAUAUUUAGAAAGAGGUCAAAUGGAUAAUUUGAAAAACGAGGCUGUAAAAGUUCCAACUUUAGUGAAGUCAUUUAACAGCGGAUGGAAAAAAGCAAUGGAUGAAAUAAAUGCAGAUAUCAUGACAACUUUUACUAAUUUCAAAAAUGGCACAAAUAUCCUACAGACUGCUCUAACUCAGUUGAUCCAAUAUUACCACCGAUUUCAAAAAGUUCUUUCUCAGUAUCCAUUCAAGAGUUUACCUGUUCGCAGUGAGUUAUUGAACAUCCACCACCUCAUGGUAGAAGCAAAGAAAUUCAAAACAAAUUUUUAGUUUUAUUUGUAAAAAGUAAAAAUAUAUUAUUAAGAUUGUUGGUUUAUAGCACUUUUUUGUUUAAAGGCUUAUAUAUUCCUUGUAAAUAGUUGGGAUAAUAAAAAAUUGUAUUCUGAAA